CACAAUUCACAAAACGACGACGAUUCAUGCUCGUCGAAACGACCCUCCCUUCCCUCCUUCAUUGCAUAUGACUAUAUGAUACAAGCUUUUAUGAACAUUGUUCCAACAGAAUUUACCCUCCUCACGCUCGCAAUCUUCUCAGGUUUAGCUCCGAUCUUAUCAAAGCUCAGCCAAACCGACCAUUGCUCAAUUAAGAGGCAUCACUUAUUAUAAGCUCAUCACUAUAAUUUCUCGGUUAGCGGUAACAGUUGGUCACAUCCAUCCAUCAGCUCUCCCUUGAUUCUUGGCGUGCGUCAGUGAACGUGGAAGAGCGUCAGAUUCAUUUAUAGCUCACGCUCUCUCUCUGUGUCUCUCCUAGGUGUGCUGCGAUCGACUUGAGUUCCGAUCAUGGGGAAUUGUCAGGCAGCGGAGGCGGCGACGGUUGUGAUUCAGCAUCCCGGGAAUAAGAUCGAGAGGAUUUACUGGUCGGUGAGCGCUCACCAGGUGAUGAACUCCAAUCCUGGUCACUACGUUGCUCUCGUUGUUACUUCGCCCACCCUCAAGUCCGAGAAUGGCGCGCCAUUGAAGCAGCUCAAACUUCUCCGACCCGACGAUACUCUGCUUAUGGGCCAGGUUUAUCGCUUGAUCAGUUUUGAAGAUGUAUUAAAGGAGCUGUCUGCAAAAAAAUGCGUUAAACUCGGGAAACUGCUGAAGGACAGAGGCGGUCUUGGCGUUCACAUCAAACACAGAGACUCCAGAGCACCAAAUCCGAGUCCGAGUUCGAGACCCGAUUUUGCUCCCUUGAAGGAGAUUCACCGAAUGGGAAGCAAUGGCAGUGGUAGCAGCAGUCACAAAGUUGUGGGAAGACAAUUUGGUGGUGGUGGGGGGCAAUGGAGGCCAGCCUUACAGAGCAUUGCAGAAGUUGGAACUUGAACGCACUAUUCUGCCCUCGACAAAUUACAAGCCGCAAAC